GGAGAGGUACUGAGUUUAGCUAGGGGAACAUUGUGUGUUUUCUAUGUCGAGAAAGAGGAGAACAUUAAUCAUCUUUUUAUUCAGGUGUGAAAAUGUUCAAGGCUUAUGGAAGAGAUGUUACAAAUGGUGGGGACGACCACCCCCCACUCAAUUCUUUUGGCAUGUGGGUUUCACUCCGAAGGCAUUUGCAAUCUUGUUGGAGCUGAAAUAUGAUCGUUCAUUCUCUUUAUGAUUGGUGAAUGAAUAGUAUCUGUUCCAUUCACCAUGUUCUACUCAUUUGUGAUGCUUAUGAUGUUGUCUGCCCAUUGCUGCUCUCAAUUUGUUUGUAUAGCGGAACUAGUUUUUGCAUGAUGUUCUGCUUGCGUAUGCUUCUGUUUGUUUUGAUCUUGUACCAUCUAAAUGUGAUUUAGUUAUAAGAUACCACUGGAGUUAUAACAUCACAUAAAAUUAAAAAUUUAUA